CAGCCUCUGCUGCUGCUUCUCACACACACACAUAAACACACAUAUACUGGUGUCUGGUGGUGGUGGUGGUGGUGAACUGGACAACAAAGGGACGCACAGAGGGGGCUCAUCGCAGCCAGGAUAUAGGAGCACACAUUGCCACCACAACUCUUCUUUUUCUUCACAUCUACUGGGAAAUAAAACAGCAGGCACACUGGAGGUGACCGUCACUGAAGCGCUAAUUGCGCACGUCGACAGUACAGCCGUACUUGUGAGCCUCGCGAUGGAAAUGGAGCAUUUCGACGACCGGGACAAAGGUCAGAGACACGGCCGCUCCAACAGCAAGAUGAACGGGGUGCCGAGUCCGACGCACAGUGCCCACUGCAGCCUGUACCGGACCCGCACCCUGAAGACUCUCACCACGGAGAAGAGAGCCAAGAAGGUGCGCUUCUACCGCAACGGAGACCGCUACUUCAACGGGAUAGUGUACGCCAUCUCCUCGGACCGGUUCCGGACCUUUGACGCCCUGCUGGCCGACCUGACCCGCUCCCUGUCCGACAAUGUGAACCUGCCGCAGGGCGUGCGGACCAUCUACACUCUGGACGGCUGCAAGAAGAUCAGCAGCAUCGAGCAGCUGGUAGAAGGUGACAGUUAUGUGUGCAGCUCCAUCGAAGCCUACAAGAAGUUGGAUUACACAAAAAACGUGAACCCCAACUGGUCGGUGAACGUCAAGGCCUCGGCUGCGUCCUCCCGCGGGCCUCCCUCCCUGGGCAGCACCAAUGCCGGUGCCCCCGAGAGCCGCGAAAUCAAGGACUUCAUACGUCCAAAGCUUGUGACAGUGGUGCGGAGCGGAGUGAAGCCCCGCAAAGCUGUGAGGAUCCUGCUGAACAAGAAGACGGCCCAUUCAUACGAGCAAGUCCUGACCGACAUCACGGAUGCCAUCAAGCUGGACUCUGGGGUGGUGAAAAAGAUCUACACGCUGGAGGGCAAACUGGUCUCGUGUCUGCAAGACUUCUUUGGCGAUGAGGACGUCUUUGUGGCGUGUGGACCGGAGAAGUUCCGCUACCAAGACGACCUGAUGUUGGAUGAGAGUGAGUGUCGUAUGAUGAAGUCAGUGAACUAUGGCAAGAUGUCUGCCACUCUGAGCCGAGGCUCCCCCAGGAUCGCCAUCCAAUCUGGACGCAGCAAGUCCCCUGCAUCCAUGAACGGGACGCCGGCCAGUCAGCUGUCCACUCCUCAUUCGGGAAAAUCUCCCAGCCCCUCCCCGACCAGCCCGGGCAGCCUCAGCCGACGCCGGGGGUCCCAGGGUUCUUCCAGCUCUCUGUCUUCCACUAAAGUCUCCAGCUCAGUGGAAGACGGGGACGGACCCGUUACUGAAGCUGAGGUUCUAGUCGAUGAGGUUCCAGCUGUGCCGUCCUACAUAUCAGACCGCUAUAAGGUGGGACGCAUGUUGGGUGAUGGGAACUUUGCAGUCGUCCGGGAAUGUGUGGAGCACACCACGGGACGGGAGUACGCUCUGAAGAUCAUCAACAAGGGCAAAUGCAGAGGCAAGGAGCACAUGAUCCAGAACGAGGUGGCCAUCCUCCGCAGGGUCAAACAUCCAAACAUCGUCCUGCUCAUAGAGGAGGUGGACACUUACAGCGAACUCUAUCUGGUCAUGGAGCUGGUCAAGGGGGGAGAUCUGUUCGACGCAAUCACCUCAGCCAACAGGUACACGGAGAGAGACGCCAGCGGCAUGCUCUACAAUCUGGCCAACGCCAUUAAAUACCUCCACAGCCUCAACAUUGUGCACAGAGACAUCAAACCAGAAAACCUGCUGGUGUAUGAGCAUGGGGAUGGCAGCAAAAGCCUGAAACUAGGAGACUUUGGUUUGGCGACUGUGGUGGACGGCCCCCUCCACACUGUCUGCGGGACUCCGACAUAUGUAGCACCUGAAAUCAUCGCAGAAACAGGGUAUGGCCUUAAGGUGGACAUCUGGGCAGCUGGAGUCAUCACCUACAUCCUGCUAUGUGGUUUCCCACCUUUUAGAGGUAGCAGUGACGAUCAGGAAGUGCUUUUUGAUCAGAUACUAAUGGGACAGCUUGAAUUUCCUCUACCGUACUGGGACAACGUGUCAGAGACAGCCAAGGAGCUGAUUCGAUCCAUGCUGGAGGUGGAGGUGGAUCAGAGAUACACUGCACUCCAGGUGCUAGAGCACCCUUGGGUCACUGAUGAGGGUCUAUGUGAGAACGAUCACCAGUUGUCGGUAGCAGGGAAGAUAAAGAAGCACUUCAACACCAGUCCGAAGGGCAACGACACCACUGCAGGAGUAUCGGUCAUUUCUGCCACCUCUCUUGAUAAGGAGGGGCAGGUUCUCAGACGAGGACGCCACCCGGAUGUGAAGCUACUGCCUUUGCAGAUGAUGCCGACGGUGACGACAGUAACAACAUCAACAACAAAAAAACGACGGGCGGAGCCUCCCAGUUGCCUCCCUGGCCUGCCCACAGCCCCUCCCUCUCUGACCCCUGACACUUGCUCUGACCCUUCCCCGAACCCCAGCCUCCCAUCUGACUCUGAUGACAUCUCCAUCAGCUCAGCCAGUAUCGUCUACUCCCCCGACUCGCCCUUCUAGAGAGGAGGCGGAGGGGAGGAGGAGGAGGAGGUGGAGGAGUAGGAGGAGGAGGAGGAGGAGGAAGCGAGGAGGGAACAUCCUCAUCCAGCUCCUCCCGCUAUAUGGAGGAGGAGGAAGAGGAGACGUCAGCUUCCCCGCAGUCUCUUAUCUAAGGCUGGGGGGUGAACGGGGAAAACUUUGGAUGGAAAAAACAAAACAAAAACAGAGAGAACUUUUAGCUCCCCUUAAUGUAUCUUUCCAAACCCCGAGGAGAGAUUGAUCAGAUAGAAGGAAAAAGAGGGUAGAGAGGUUGGGAGAAAGACUAAAGAGGCAACAAGAAAACAUAGAUCACGAGGAAGAGGGAAAAGGAACGAGGCGAAAGACUUUUUUAUUUAUUUUUAACGUUCUCUCAUCUGAGCACAUGUUGCAGAGCUCAAGGAGCGAGAAAGGGCGACUUACCCUUCAGUGAUGAUCCGGGCUCAACAUGGAAACUUCCUAAUGGUGGAGCAGCUCUACAAGGCAAUAUGAGAAUAUGGACCAAUGUUCAUGUUUUAUUGAACCUUAUUUAUGAAUUCUUUAUUCACUGCAUUUUUUAUAUGUAUUUGCUUUUUCACAAAGGAUACGUUUUUGUUGGCUUGUCCUAGGAUUUUGGUGGAACAAAAAUAACUGAAAAGUGUGUAGAGGUAGAGCUCAGAAAUGUUGAAGCAGGCUACCGUAUUGGGAAAACAAGAGUUUUUCUCACAAAUGUGUUAAAUACAGUGUUCAUAGAAAACGAUAAACGACAGCUCAAAGACAGCACUUGUGCUAUAAUUCUGUGCUCCACACAGUAUUGGCGUUGCCUUCCUGUAAUGUUGGAUUGCAGUAUUACAGUUUACAUUUUACACAGACUGCUAUUAAGAAAAUAAUGGUGCAUUUGAUCCCUCCUUGUAAUUUUGUCAACUGCUUCGUUCACGACAUCUUGAUAACGCCAAAUUCAGCAGCAUUCGGGUGCUUGUGUAGCAAACUCAACGUUUUUUCCUCAAUGCGCACAGUUUCACUAAUCAUUCUGAAUUGAUAUCAUAUUAAUCUUGAUAUUUUGUGAUACUCAUGUACACAUAUGAAGCCUUGUUUACAUAUUUUUUUCCAACACUUAAAGGCAUAUUUCAUCCACAUAUUCCAGCAGUAAAGAAAGGUAUAAUUGUUGCAGCCUAAGGUGUACCACUUGUACGGGUUUGGAGAAAUGUUUUAGGUGGUAAAAUUAUAUAAUUAGCCGUUUAUGAGGGCUGCCUAUUUGCACAAAGUACUGCAGUCUUAGGUGCAGUCAAACAGAGAAAGAAUGGAUGCCGAAGAACCAGCAGCACUCUUGGAGAGCAGUACAGUUAAAAGGAUGGAAGAGGAUUUAUUUCAGCUCUGUACAACCUCAUUCAUGGCUUCAUUUAUUCAGAUGAAAGCAUGACAGACAUACAGUAGCCUAUUCUUAUAUAUAUAUAUAUAUAGAUAUAUAUAUAUAAAAAAAAAACGGUUCCGUGAUGAAGUAUCGUUUUUAUGUUAUGUAAAUAACAUAAUUUCAUUUAUUUUGAUAGUUCACAAUACAGUAUAUUUCUUUACUAGUACUGAGUCUAUGAAAACUAAAAAAAAAAAAAAAUACAUGUGUAUCAGUCAGUCAGCAAAGAAAAAAAAUAACCUAGAAGAGAUCAUCAGGUCAAAAUGAAACAUACAUUUCGACCCACCUGGUUGGCUGUAUACAGACAAAUCUAGAGCAGAAGAGACCACCAUCUUUGCUUCUAGUCAGACACUGGGAAUGAUGUCACUUCCUUUGCAAAAGCAACCGGUAAAGGGUAUUUCCAGUAACUGAUGUGAGAUAACAGAGAGGAGUUAGAAUAGUGCCGAGCGAUAUCCUUUUUUAAAUUUUUUUGUUUUUUUAUAGAUGAUCUCCCUGCAGUCGUCACACUUGUCUGUAUUUAUCCUCAUCAUUACACACAGUAGAUGUGCCGCCAUAUUGACCAGAUCAAUAUGAAUUCGUCGUGCUGUUGAAAUCCACUCUCUCCGGCACAUGUGGUUUACCAAAGUGCUCUCACAGCUGCACCACAGUAUUACAAUCUGUUGCAAUACCAAUACCUGUACCUCUGUUCAACAAUAGUCUAUCAAUAAUAAUAGUAAUAAUUAAAAUAUGUUUCAAAAACAAA